AUGAAAAUUUCGGGUUGUCACACUCCAAGCCGACGAUCUUCUCUGCUGGCGUCUCCUUUCUCCCUCUUCAACCUGGAGAAUAAAGAUUAUGUAAAAUUUAGGAACGUAGAUUUGAGCACAUUUGAUGAGAAAUAUGCUCUUUUGUUUUGGGAUUCCGUUGCCAUUAGAGAUCAUAUUAUGACGCCAUUACAGUUUCAAAACAAUAGCAAUCCAAACGAAGAAAAUGUGGAGGGAAAAGGAGAUAGUGAUGAUAUCAAUUUAGAUGAUGAUGUUGACCCUCUUUUUCCUAGCUUCCAUUAA